AUGAGGGGAUCUAGGCAAACAUCCCUUAAUUUGUUCUGCAUCCUCUGGCUCCUGCUUCUGCUGAAGGCUGCCUCUUCAUCCCCUCUGCUCCAAGGAAAUGACCCACCACCCUCUUUGCUGCCCUCCAAAGGACACACCUGCAUUGGGUGCGUGCUUGUGGUGUCUGUAAUCGAGCAGCUUGCACAGUGGCACAACAGUACAGUGAAGGCAGCCAUGGAGAGGCUGUGCAGCUACAUACCUGAGAAACUUCAAGGUUUCUGUUACAUACUUGCUGAAGUUUAUGGACCACACAUAGCUGAGCUCAUAGACAGGGAAAUGAAUGCUGAUGUGGUCUGCCAUUCCUUGAAGCUGUGUAAACAGGAUCCAGGACAACCGCUUUGUCAUCUCUACCGUCCUCCCAAGGUUGGGCUGAGUACUGCAAUAAGAAAAGCACGAAGGAUUGUGAAGACUUCCAAGGGCCUGAAGAACUUCAUGGGGUUCUCAAGCGUUUGUGCGUUUCCUCUCCUGGCUAACCUGUGUGAGAAGAUUAAACAUGUUUUGAGAAAUGAACUGCCUUUUGAAGACUUGGAUGGAGAUAAAUUUAGUACUUUCCCGACACUGAGGGGCUACCACUGGCGAGGCAGAGACUGUGAUGACAGAAACAACACUGUGUACCCGGGCAGACGUCCUGAUAACUGGGAUGAGGAAAGGGACUCUAACUGCAAUGGCAUAUGGGGUGUGGAUCCAAAAGAUGGAAUUCCCUAUGAGAAGAAGUUCUGCAAAGGUGCGGAUUCACAAGGGGUCGUGCUGUUGGGAGACUCAGCUGGUGCUCACUUCCACAUCCCUCCCGAGUGGAUGACCGUCUCACAGAUGUCAAUGAAAUCAUUUGCCAAUCUCCCAAUGGCUUUCACCAACGAGCUCGACUGGCCCCAGUUCUCAGAGAUCACUGGAUUUCUGAACUCCACCAUCGGGGGCUGGACAGACUCUCUGUACCUCCGCUUACGGAGCAGGAACCGCUGCAAUCACAGGGACCUACAGAACAUCUCCAAAAAUGGUGGUUCUUCAGGAAAUCUCCUGCGCUUAAUGAAAAGCUUGGCCAGAAACCAGCUGUGGGAUCAUCCAGCCAUUGUUAUCUACGCUACGAUUGGGAAUGACGUCUGCAAUGGGAAUAACGACACGCUGGCUGACAUGACGACACCCAAAGAGAUGCUCUCCAACGUGAUGCGAGCGCUGCGGUACCUGGACACCCGUCUUCCCAACGGCAGCCACGUGAUUUUAACGGGGUUGGUGGACGGGCGCUUCCUCUGGGAUAACCUGCACGACAGAUACCAUCCCCUAGGGCAGCUGAACAGGGAUAUCACAUACAGCCAACUGUAUUCUUUCCUUGACUGUCUCCAGGUGAGCCCCUGCAGGGGCUGGAUGACUCCCAAUGAGACCCUCAGGAAUUUGACCUCAGAGAGAGCUUUACAACUUUCCAAUGUCCUGAAAGAAAUAGCAAGAUCUGAGAGAUUUGCCAACUUUGAUGUUUUCUACAUGGAUUUCCCACUGGCACAAACAGCGGAGAAGUGGCGCAGGAUGGGAGGUGAGCCCUGGCAGCUGAUUGAACCCGUCGAUGGCUUCCACCCCAGCCAGAUAGCUGGAGCCCUGGGCACAAGCAUCACCUGGCAGAAGGCGCUGCAGGAAUGGCCUCACGUGCUUGGAGAGGAGAACCCAUUCAAUGACCAGAUAGAAGCUGUAUUCAAAGAUCAAGGUGGACACUGACUUCAGAUGGCCGGAGCUCUGACGGGGUUUAUGGUGAUGCUUCCCAGUGCAUGCCACGGAACCAGAUGAUUGAAGACACACAGAAAGGGAGAGGGCAAGUUGUCAGAGCCAGUAGCAGUGGACAUAACACAACAGUGCUCUUUUCAGUCUGUAUCUCACCUGCACAAGUAGGCUACACUAUGCAAAAUAAAAGUCAAAGGAUACCUGCCAGCUCGA